GUUCCCACUAUUAGUUUAUUGUAGAACCACAUUCAGAAGGUAACAAUUUGUACUAACCGUGGUACUAACCUAAACAGAUUUUCUACUUUCAUUUUUCACGUUUUCUGCUGACACAGCUGACAGCAUUGCGCUGUAAACAAGAGUUAAUCAUUUAAUAACUAAAAAAAUUACUUUAUACAACUAUAGACAAUUCUAAUGGGUAUAAAAGUUUGAUACACGUGAAAAACUUAAGUCUGUUUUGAAACAGGAGAAUUUAUAUGUGACGACAUGAAUCCAUCAAAAGAAGAACCAAUGUCAGUAAUGACUAAUGAUGAUUCUUUUAAGUGGACUAAGUGUGAUGCAGAACAAAUGACAAAUUCUUAUAUUGCAUCUGAUGUUCAUUUACAAAAUUUAGGUUUAUCUAUGACCUGUGGUAAACCUAGAUUUAAAUUAAAUGAAAUGUGUUCGAGUUUCGCAACAAGUUCAGUAUGUCAACCUAAUUUUCAAGAUGAUAAGGAUUCAACACCUUCUGAGUCAUUUGUAGUACUAAGUCAUCCAUCAUUAGAAAUGGUUCAAGCACAGUCUUUGAACAAUUACAUUCAAAUUCAAGAAAAAUGUACUUCUAUCGAUUAUAAUUCCGUAAUAUCAGGUAUGACUCCUUUAGAAAUUGAGCAAAAACUUUCUGACUUAUUACAAGAAAAUGCCAAAUUAAAAGAAACUUUAAUUGAAAAUAAUGUGGCAAUGAAAAAACAAUUUAACUCACUCGCGGCUUGGCAAGAAACAAUUUCAUCUGUACAUCAGAAUCAUAGAGAAAAGUUUGCUGAAACUCGAGAAUUAAUGGAACAGCUCAAGAAAGAAAACAUGAAACUUAAAAUUAAAGUAUCAAUCAGUGAACUCCAAGAUGUCUCUCUUCAAAAGACGGCAGCUGAAGACCAUUCUAUACUACCAAGUCUAACUCACGUAUGUAAUUGUUCAUGUCGUGCAGAACUUGUAAAACUUCUAAAAGAAAAAAUGAUGGCACUAAUUGAUCAUGAUGAGACUUGUUUAAAAUCAGUAGAAAAUUUAAACGCAACUGUUGAAAAUUCCGAUAAAAAUUUAACUGAAGAGUGCCAGGCCUUACAAAAAAUGGACACAAAAAUUAUUCUACCAACAUUAAAGUUGAAAGAAUGCACAGAAGAGGGAAAUAAAAUGGUAACAAAUGUGGAGCAACAGAUUGAUACCAUUAAUGAAAACACUAUUACUUCGAUUCAAUUGCCCGAUUAUGUGGAAUCAAUUGUAAAACGAAUUCCCCGUACUGAAUUUCGUCAACAAUUAAUUGAUAAUAUGAAGCCAUAUCAUGAAAGUUUGGAAGUACUUAUUAAUUGUUUUUCUGUUCAGUCAUCACGUUAUGUCCACGUUCAGGAAUGUAUAAAAAAAUGCAUAGAAAUAUUACAGAAUUGUGGAACUAUUAACAGUAAAAUUCCAAAUGAUAGAAAUUCUACAAUGAUAUCUUACAAAAAUUCUCUAAGUGAAUGUCGUCAAAAACUUAUUGACGAGCAGCUAAAAGAUAUUGAUCAUCAUCAAAAGUGGAUAAGAAUACAAAAUCAUCUUAAGAAACUUUUUUAUGACUAUACAUCAACUCUAUGUGAAUUUGAGAUACUGCAAGAGCAAAACAGAAAAUUGUUAACAAUUCAGAAGGAGAAUGAUCAUGAGAAUUAUUCGUGUGAUAAGCAUAGCGAAAAGGAAAACACUAUAUUGAAAGAAAAGGUGAUAAAUAUUUCUCUUGAAAAAUUAUCUCUUCACGAAGAGAAAAAGUCAUUAGAUAAACUUCAAAAAUCACUUGUUAUUGAUCGAGAAAGCUUAAAUACCGAAGUAGAAAAACUAAAAUUGGAAAGAUUAAAUCUAUUAGGAGAGAAAACAGCUCUUGAUAGACAAAGUAAAAUGUAUGAGGAGCAAGAGAGAGCUUUAAUCAUUGAGAAAAGAAAUUUUAUGAAAAUGUCUGAGGAACUUACUGGGAAGAUUGUAGAUUUAGAGGAGAAGCUCAAAAAUCAGAAUGAAUCAACAUAUACAGACAAGGAAAAUCUGAUGAUUCUGAGAGCACAAUUGGAUAUAUAUCGUACUGACUUUGAACAAGAGAAGGCUGCGAAAAAGAAUCUAAUUCGUGAAAAGAAUAAACUGGUUGAACAGAUUCAAUCUCUUACUGUUCAUAAUCAAAACCUAAGAAAAGAUAUGGACAGAUUGAGACAGGGGGAGCAAACUUUUUUACCUUCAUCUUCAAGAUCACAAAGGAAUCAGGAAUCGACGAAUUCGAGUACCUCUACAAUGAUUCCAUUGUUCUUGUGUCCCUUAUGCAGUCAAAAGUAUCCAACUCUCGAGCUAUUGGUGGAACACACAGAAGCUUGUAUAAAAUAAAAACUCAUUUAAUUUUACCUUAUUUAAAUUUCCUAAUUAGCAACUGUAAAAUUUGAAAUCAAAUAUGUUUAAAAAAUAACAUUUAGUAAUUUUAAAAUCCUGUAUACUUCUAAAUUUAUUGAAAAUUUACUUUACAAAUUAUAUAAAAGUCGUAAUGACAAAUACAAUAUACGUAUAUAUUA